GGUUUUCUCUGGUCCCGUUUCUGGCGCGGGAGGCAGGAAUGGCCCCGCGGGCAGGUCCUGCGCUUCCCUCUUCCGCGGUGACCGAAGGGUGGGCUGUUCGAAAAUCAGGCUGAUGCUAAUCCGCAUUAGGAGUACCGUGACAAAUUUAAGGCGACCUCUUCUCCCAGUGGAUAUAAUAAAAAGCCAACGGUACUGAAUAAGACCUUGACAGAUCUAUAAAAGUAUUGGUGUGAUGACCCUCCAGAUACCAGUGCCUGGUGUGUGCAGCCCUGUUAAAUGAAAACCUUGGUGCAACUGUUCUGGAAUAACAUAUUCAGUCCUGCUUUCAGCUUUUGGACUUUGUUUCUGAGUAAAGAAUGCAGACUAUAAAGUGCGUAGUUGUUGGAGAUGGCGCUGUGGGAAAAACUUGUCUUCUCAUCAGCUAUACCACCAAUGCCUUUCCAGAAGAGUACAUCCCUACUGUGUUUGACAACUACAGUGCCCAAAUGACUGUUGAUGGCCGGACAGUUAGCCUGAAUCUCUGGGACACUGCAGGCCAGGAGGAAUAUGACCGCCUGCGCACACUCUCAUAUCCUCAAACCAAUGUAUUUGUCAUCUGUUUCUCCAUUGGUAGCCCCUCUUCCUAUGCAAAUGUGAGGCACAAAUGGCAUCCUGAAGUUUCUCACCACUGUCCAAAUGUUCCCGUUCUUUUAGUGGGCACAAAGAGAGACUUGAGAAAUGACCUGGAAACAGUUAAAAAGUUGAAAGAGCAAAGCUUGGCUCCCACUACCCCACAGCAGGGGACUUCGCUGGCUAAACAAAUUGGAGCAGUCAAAUAUUUGGAGUGCUCAGCAUUGAAUCAGGAGGGUGUUCGGGAGGUGUUUGCUGAAGCUGUGCGUGCAGUUCUGUAUCCUGUGACAAAGAAGAACACAAGAAAAUGUGUCCUAUUGUAGUUACCUUGGGUGAUGGAUGUUUGAAGCUGAAUAUUGACUAGAACCUUGGAGGGCUUUUUAAUGAGUUCAAUUGAAGAUUUGCAUCUUGCACUAACAGCUGUAAGCAGAAAUGGUUUAUGCAAUGAAUAUUCUUGCAGUCUUAUUGCUUCAGGGAAACUGAAACAGAACAGUUUUUCUUUCCAACUGAGAGGUCAAAUAUCUACUUUAUUUCUAAAGUUCCAGCCUUCAGCUUCUCCAGGGAUCACUUGGCUUCUGUCCUUAUUUAGUGGAGGAAAAUAAAAGAAGGGACUUCUCUGAAGCCAGACUUAUUUACUAGAUAGCCAUCAGUUACUAGAUUUGCUGAAAAGCACAAAUUCUGAUAACUUUGCUUUAAGUGUAGCUACUGCUUUUCCUCUCUCUUAUUUACUGAUUGAAUUUGUUUUACAAACAGAAGUCUGGCUGUCCAUUUGUUUUAAUUUAUCAAUUUAAAGCUUGAAAACAAUUUGUUUACAUGCAAAAAAUGCCUGAAAUAUUACUGAGAUUCACCUUAUAGUGAAUUGUGAUGGUUUAUGUGAAGAGUUAGCAUAAGGCAUAUUUAAUGCAAUGAGCAAGACCCAGGGAACACCUGCAAUGAUUUUAUUAAUAGAAGCAGGAGCUGAUUUCUCCUAAUGUAAGAAACUUAGAAUAAUGAUGAAUCACUCAUUUGAGUGAUUUUCAUGCUUUUGAGUUGGAGAGGUGGAAGAGCAGUUUAGAUGCAAGUCUUCCAUAAUCUUCUAAACUGAGUUUUUAUUUCACUCUCUGAAGAGACUUUGCACCCUGAGAAUAAAGCUAACACUUACCUUCUUGGAUUGAUCAAGGUAGUUGGGAUGACACUUCUCAAAACAAGAUUUUCAGUGUGGUCCCUUUGAUGAAUCCCUGAGACUUGAUCGCAGCCUGUUUGCUCUUCAGGAAUUCAUUGCUUCACUUCUUAAUGUUCUUGGGGCUACCACCUGAGAUUUGUACAGCAAAUUCUUUUUUUGUUUUUCUGGGAGAACAUUGACAGAAAAUUUGGAGGUUCUAUUUAUAGGAACCAGAAGCCCUCGUUUCUUCCCGUCAACUUACUGAUGGUUUCAGUUAAAUUUGUAAUGAUUACCCUGUCACUGGAUAGGUUUACCUGGGCAGUUUUCUCCUCUCUACUAGGUGAUCGGUUUUUAUAAACUCUUUUAACUGAAGUUCUGUUUACGUACUUUUUAACUUUCUUUAGCAGCUCUAGUGAGUGGCAGCUGGCUUUUAUUUUCAGGAUGUGCACUGUUCUUUAUGUGUGAUUCUGGGACCAGCUGAGGAGUGAGCAUAUGAAACCAUCCUUAUACUUAACCUUGCAGCUUGGUGGCAUGAAAGCAGCAUGCUUCAAAGAUACUUUGUGUGAAACCAGUGGUGCUGGACUGGGCUUUGUUGUCUGAAGUUGACAGUGCUGUCUUUGUCCGGAUGCAGCCUCAAUUGGUAAUUCAGAACUUGCUUUCUUGUGAUUCCCACACAUAAAAAACUGCACUGGUGUAUACCCUGGGCAGAAAAAAAGCCUCAGUUUUGCAAGAUGACAGAAAAUACUUCAACAAGGUUAUUAGGGAUCUUGUGUUAAUUUGACCUUGCUUUAUCUGUUAUGGGCAAAAUACCAGGUGGAUAGAAACACUUGUAUUUGUGCUCUAACUCCCCUCUUUGAAGAGAAUGUGCCUUUCUUCAGCUGAUGUAACUGAUGCUGACACUAACUGCGAUUUUUGUAUAUGUGAGGUAUGCUUGUACUGGUAUUGCUUUAGCCAACUGCAACCCAUAAACUACUACAGUUAAUCCAAAUGCAGGUAUAUGUGGCUAGCGAAGCGAGUUCCAAACAUUGCCUGAUCGCAGGUAACACCAAAACACCCAUUAUGCAUGAUGCUUGCAGAAGUCUAGGGACUCUGCAUACUUUUCUUCACCAAGUGCCAUUGCCUGGAGUGUCUUUGCAUCUUUUGCACACAUAGAAAAGUGCAGUUCCAGAUGUGGCUCCUACCACGGUGCCCUGCAGGCUGUGAAGGUGUAGGAGUAUUUCAGUGAGGUGAACUCUUAAUGUAAAGGCAGAGCAUAGCAAAUACAGUAGGCCUUUAGUGUGGGCUUGACUUGCAGGCACCAAUUAACUCUGUGCCUUGUAAUUCAGGAUGAUUUUCUAUAGGUAAAUUUCAGUAACUGAGUAAAUAGAGUUUAUAACGUUUAAAAUGUAUUUAUUUAAGCCAGUGCACAUGUUUUUUUUUUUUUUUUUAAUGCUGGUCAGGCCUAAAUUGGCUGUCUAGUUGCCCUGGUGCAAGCCCAUAUUUUGCUUCAUUCAAAGAUGUGCUUUAAAAAGUUUGUGAUAUGUUUGAACUUCUCUUAAAUAGACUUAAUUUCAACAACAGGCACCUUUUUUUUUUUUUUUUUUGGCUACAUGUAUUUGCAAUUUUGUAUUGAAGCCACUACUGUUUUAAAAAGUUUUUACUUUUUCACAUACUGAAAUGUUUUAUUUCUGCAUCUUUUGUGGUUAUUCCUAACUGGAUUACAAGAUUUUUGUGGAGAAGAAAUCCUGUGCACAAGUAUUAUCACACCCUCCUCCCUCAUUUCUCUAGGCCUACAAGAGCAGCUAUCCUGGUGUUAACUGGAAGAGAGUAUGGUGAGAUAAUAUUCAACUACUUAAUCAAUUUAUUUGAAUUGAUUACAUUAUGCUAGAACACUUUAUCCCCAUCUAGAUUACUUAAUAAAUUGCUUGCACAACAGUACUGAGGAGAAUAACAUGAUAGUAAUGAAAAUGAACAGAAAGUGAACUUUGAACACCAUCAGACACUUUUUCCUGGCUUUGGAGUACUUCAUUAAACUUCAUUAAUAGUCAUUUAGAUGCCUUGUAUUUCUGCUGCUUUCUGCCAGGAGCAGAAGUCCUGCUGGCUGAUAGCUGUUUUUUUUCCACCUUCCGCUUUUUAUGAGAAUGAGCUUCAGGAGCACAUGGAUCCAAUGUACGUUCAGUGGGCAUUCUGAGUUUGUGAUCUUCCUUCCCCCCCGCCCCCUCUAAAAUUCUUGGUGCAUUUUAUUGUAAGUAGUCCAGUGCUUCUGUCUACAAUCCAUUCUGUUCCACUUUUUUUUUUUUUGUGUGUGUGGUCAGGUAACAAAUACAGACUUCACACAGUCCCAUGGCUGGAUUUUGUCUGGUUUUGGGAGAUCGGAAAGCCUGGGUUAACUGUGAGGGUUUCCCAAACUGUUAGAUUCCUCAGUUCGUUACUGAAUAAAAACAAUGUGCAUGUCUGAAUUCACAGAAGAUACUCUGUGAAGAGACUGAUUUUUUAAUCUUUCAGUUUGUAAGUGAUUUCUGAAAUUCUUAAGUGUUUUUUUAAAUAUAGCUGAAGCCAUCCACAAGGAGCUGAGCAGUUCAGGAAUUGUGUGUCCAAAGGUUGUAUGAGGCACACUUGGAUGUGGAAGUGCUUUCUGCGGUUUACAGCUCUAGCAAUUUCUAUGAAAUUUAAACCAGAAGAGCCUCACAGUGCUUUGUCUCCGAGUGCUAAACCUUGCUCUGUAAAACCCUCGGUGCUGCUUGGGCUGAUCCCAAGAAAGGGAUGGAUCUGGCAGGGGUGCCGACCCCCCAGGUGGCCUGCCAGGAGUGCUCGUCAGUGGUGGGAGACCAAGACUCUUGAGCGUGGUACUGAUACAUACACUGGCAACUUGAUUUUAUACUAUGAAAUAAUUUGUAUUACAGCUAACAGUUUUAAAGGAUUUUUUUUUUUUUUUUAAAUUAUGCGGAAUUAAGUUGUAAUAAACUUUUCCUCAUC